CCUAUUUUUCCUGAAAAGUCAGCCUUCUAAGAACAAGAAGCCAGAAGCAAUAUUUGAUGAAAUAAGCUAUAAGUAAUCAUUUCACAUUUUGCAAGGAGAUGGUGCUGUCGGGUUGGUGGUCAUUGGCACAUCCAGAGAUUUUCCUCAAUUUUUGUCAGAAGUGAAAUGUCUGUAAGCAGCAUCAGGAAGGUCAAGUCUUUACGUGACACCCUCCUUUCCUUGUAUUCCCAUAAACACAUGACCUUCAACUAUCUUAAGCACAUUCAUUCCGUUCUCAUCACUUGUGGCCUCUCACAGGACACCUUCUUCCUCGCCAAACUCCUCCAAUGCCUCGCCUUCUGUCAACCCACCAAUCUCUCCUACGCUUCGCUCCUCUUCGAUCGCAUCGCAUCACCUACCACCAAUCUGUGGAACACCAUGAUCAGAGCUUUCUCGACAAGCUCACAACCGCAUAUGUCGCUCGCUUUCUAUGCAAGAAUGCGCCAAUACGGUGUCCUUCCGGACAAGCACACUUUCCCUUUGCUUCUCAAGGCGUUUUCCAAGUUAAAAAACGAAGACCCUUUUCAGAUUUAUGCUCAAAUUGUCAAGUUUGGUUUUGAUUUUGAUCAUUUUGUGAGGAAUUCAUCGAUUUCCGCUUUUGCUAAUUGUGGUUAUAUGGAGGAUGCACACCGGGUGUUCGGUGAGAGUACGCAGAAGGAUGUGGUUGCUUGGACUUCCUUGAUUGAUGGGUAUGUGAGAAAUAACUGUGCCCUACAAGGAUUGAGGUGUUUUAUGGAGAUGAGAUCGACGGGUAUUAGAGUUGAUGAGGUGACCGUCGUUAGUCUACUCUGUGCGGCUGGAAUGGUGGGUGAUAUUUGGUUUGGAAAGUGGGUUCAUGGGUUUUACGUAGAAGCAGGGAGAGUACAAUGGGAUGUUUAUAUAGGCAGUGCUCUAGUUGAUAUGUACUCCAAAUGUGGCUACUGUGAAGAUGCCCGUAAAGUUUUCAAUGAAAUUCCACGUAGAAAUGUGGUUUCUUGGAGUGCAUUAAUCGCCGGAUAUGUGCAAUGUAACAAAUAUCGAGAUGCACUACUUGUCUUUCAUGACAUGCUUUUAGAGAACAUCAAGCCAAAUCAAUUUACACUGACGAGUAUUCUCACAGCUUGCGCGCACCUAGGGGCAUUGGACCAAGGAAGGUGGGUUCAUGGAUAUAUUAAUAUGAAUAACGUAGAAGUGAACUCAACACUUGGCACAGCAUUGAUAGAUAUGUAUGCAAGAUGUGGAUGCAUUGACGAGGCUUUAUCAGCUUUUGAGAAGUUACCUGUUAAAGAUGUCUACCCUUGGACUGCUAUUAUUAACGGGUUUGCUAUGCAUGGGGAUGCAUUAAGCUCCUUAAAUCUAUUCUCUUGCAUGUUAAGGAGUGGGGUUCAACCUAAUGAAGUUACCUUCAUCGGUGUUCUUAGUGCGUGUUCGCACGGAGGCCUUGUCGAUGAGGGGCGUGCGCUCUUUGGAUUAAUGAGGCACGGUUAUCAUAUGGAGCCUAAUGUGUCUCACUAUGGUUGCAUGGUUGAUCUGCUCGGUCGUGCAGGGUGCUUGGAGGAAGCAAGGAAAAUGAUUGAUGACAUGCCAAUGGAGCCUAGUCCUGGUGUAUGGGGAGCUCUGUUUGGUGCCUGUAUGAUCCACAAGGCCUUUGAGCUGGGGGAACAUAUAGGAAAGCAUCUGAUCAAGUUGCAGGCUGAUCACAGUGGUAGAUAUGCACUUCUAUCAAACCUGUACUCAACAUGUCACAAAUGGGAAGCAGCUGCUCAUGUAAGGAAGCUCAUGAAAGGAGCUGGGGUGGGAAAGAUAACUGGAUAUAGCUGGAUAGAAGUGAAUGGUGUAAUUCAUGAGUUCACCAACUUUGAAAAAUCGCAUUUGGAAACAGAUGAUAUAUAUGCCAUGAUGGAUAACAUAAUAGUCCAAUUAAAGCUUGCUGGUCUAUUAGAGUCAUUAACCUAAUUGCAUUUGACACCAAUGGGGCUGAGACAAAACAAUUCCAAGUGUGCUGAUAUUGUUGUCCACUGGAAAGGUCAAUUGGACUUCAGUGGAAGUUCAGAAUGCAAUGCAUCAUUUGGGUUUACCCAGGUUGCUUUCUUGACUGAAUCAGAGAAUAUGUUUUGUGCUGUUAGAUUGCACAGGCUCUGUCGUUUGUUGUAUAGAUAAAUUUCAAGACCAUCUGUCUUCCAUUUACAUGAUUUCAAUUAUCAAC